AUGGCGAACACGGCGACCACGCCCAAGAAACGGGGGAGACCCCCGAUCAUCAAGGACUACGCAAACCCGCUCGAGUCGCCCAUGGCGAGGAACUCUCUCGCCGUGCAGCGACAGGGAGCAAAAGUGUUCGCGAAGCCCACUAUGAAGGUCGCGGGGGUCCCCAGGGCAAGGAAACACUCUUCAGAACAAGUACAAGAGCAGCUUGGGCUGGAACACCCCCCAGUGCUGUCGAAGAAACGAAGGCACACGGGUGUGCUACUGAACACUCCAGUGAGACAGCGGGCCGUGUCACCACCCCGGAGCAAGGGGAACCACUUGGUGCAGGACUCACCGACAAAGUUCACUCUCAAACUGAUUGUUAGCGAGACGGGACAGGCUGUGAUAACCCCAGAAAGCACCCCUCGAACGCGCUCUUCAGCACAGCAACCUGUAUACACUCCGACAACCCCAAUAUCGCAAUCAAAGACGAUCAAGAUGGGAUCACCGGGCCAUUCCCUGGACAGACUGCUCCUACGUACACCAACGUUUGACGAACAUACACUCCCACACCUCGACCCAAGGGGUAAGCCACGGAUUCAAACACUGGCGGCGCUGAAAUCGUCUAGGGGAGACCCACUGCUUCUGAACAGCGACUCGUACACGGAUGUACACACAACGCUACCCCCCACGUACGUGCUGAUGCGGUCACCAAAUAGGUCCACCACGGCAGCAGCAACCGCCGCCCUGCAUUCCUCGAUAUGCAACACCCCGCCGUCGUUUGUCAACUUGGGGACCGCAGGAGGAGAGUUCCUGUUCUCCCCCUGCACGCAGGGGAGGACGACCUCUGGCAAUCAGUUUCCUCCAUUGGCCUCUUCAGAGACAUUUAUACAGAGGUAUAAGGCAAGAAGAACUUCUGGACACACGGUGGGGCCACAGACUCCUCAGAUGCGGGACGAGUACCUGUUGCAGGGGACCAUGUCAUCGAUCUCUCUGACACCGUACAUACAGCAAGCCAUCGAGGAGGAAAACCAAGCCCGUGGUGGGGGACAGCGCACGCAGCGUUCAUGCCGAGGGAAAACUCGAAUCUGUUCUCCCCGGUGCAACAGGUGGACACGCCGCUAG